AUGGACUGUGGUGACUUCCCCGGUGCCGCGAUACAACUUUGUGUUCAAUUCAUUGGACCACUGAGACGUGGUGGCGACCUAGGCAUUUUGGGCAAAGGUUUUUUGUUGAGUAAAAUGGAUGCCUUUAUUGCGAAGGGUAGAGGAAAUGCGUAUUGUGGCGCAGGAUGCGUAGUUCGCUUGCACAGAAGGCAAGAGCGAGAAGGUGGACGAGAUUUUGCUUUAGCUAUUUUGAUGCGUAGGUUGCCCCGGGGGUUUGGGGUUUUGGUUGGAGAAAGUCUGCGAGCUUCGCUAGAGCCUGCUGGAGAGUUUGGAGGUAGUUGCGGGAGGCGAUGGUUCGGUUGGGGAUUAGAAGGAAAGGAAUUUGAAGAGGAAGAAGAUUUUGAUGAGGAGGGAGAAGAGGAAGAGGGAGAGACAAGGCGGGUUGGCGAUGAUAAUGGUUAG